ACAUUUAACCUUAGCCUGUGCGGCUCUAAUGAAAUACAUGCAUGCGGCUUAUUCCUCUGACACGUGGAAUGUGUUAUUAUGAACAAAAUACACACAUAUUUGUUUAUCGAGGAGUAUAGUUCCUGUAAUUGCCGUAGUCAUCGGCCUUAGCUAUUAGCGGACGAUGCAUACUGUUCGCUUUGUAGUAACUUGCCAAUGAACGUGUGUAUACGUUAGCUAGCAUGUAAAGACAGUUUUUGAGGGCACUUUUUGUUUUUCUAAUCACCAGGGUUGUGAUGUAGGACACACUUACCUUUUAAAGAAGCCGGUGGUACAUGUUUAGUGUAAGUGCCAAACAUGUCUGUUCCAGCUUUGCAAAAUACGGCAGUGUUCUUUCGAAGGAUACUCUCCCAGUUUCCUCAGGAUAUAAGUCUAGCGUUUGCAUAUGGGUCUGGUGUAUUUAAACAACAGGGAACUACUCAAGGUCAAAUGGGGAAAAACAUGCUGGACUUCGUGUUUGCUGUGGAUGAUCCAGUCACCUGGCAUACAAUGAACUUGAUGCAGAAUCGAAAGCAUUAUUCUUUCCUGAAGUUCCUUGGUCCAAAACAGAUCAGCACCAUCCAGAAUGAGCAUGGAGCAGGAGUGUAUUACAACACCUUAGUUCCCAUAGAUGGAAGGCUAAUAAAGUAUGGUGUCAUUAGCACUGAAACCCUGAUUGAUGAUUUGCGACACUGGAAGACCAUGUAUAUUGCUGGUAGAUUACACAAGCCAGUGCGUAUCCUGCUGCAGGGGGACAAUGGAAAGCUGCAGGCUGCCCUGGUGGGGAACCUGAAGAGUGCCGUCACUGCGUCCUUCCUCAUGUUACCAGAGAGCUUCUCUGAGGAGGACCUCUUCUUGCAGAUUGCUGGCCUCUCUUACUGUGGGGAUUUCAGAAUGAUUAUUGGAGAGGAUAAGUCCAAAGUGUCCAACAUCGUCAAGGACAACAUGCCACAAUUCCGAGCCUUAUACACCAACAUUUUGCAGGAGUGUCCACAGGUGGUGUACAAGCCACAACAGGGCAGACUAGAGGUGGACAAGAGUCCAGAGGGACAGUUUGUCCAGCUGAUGGCCCUACCUCUGACCCUCCAGCAGCAGAUCACACGGCUGGUGGACCCUCCAGGAAAGAAUCGUGACGUGGAGGAGAUCCUGUUACAGGUGGCUCAGGACCCUGACUGUGGAGCGGUGGUACAGCAAGCAAUAGCAUCCAUAGUGAAGAUUUCCAGCUUGACACAGAGUGCCAAAGGAAUAGGCACUGCAGGGAUUUUGAAGACAACAUCGUACAGUGUGAAAAAGCUUAAGAAGAUGUGGAAAAGUUGGAGGAGAAAGCCAUCUUGAGCUUGGCUACUUUUGCGUCUCUUUCCUGUCUACUUCUCUGACACAGUGCUGAAUUACCUUGUAGUUACAGUACAUUGCACCUGAUCCGUUUGUCCCUUGUGAAAACAGUGCACCACACUUUUUGGGUUGUAACGUACACUCUUUGUGAUGGCAUAAUGCAGAUGUGUCUUGUACUGUGUACAAGCACGGCAGAGCAUGCAUUGGUUGGAACUGAUUAAAGAAACAUGCCACUUA